AAUCGAGAUCGAGAGCAGGACAAGGGCUGGCUGAGCAACAGCAGGGGCAUCACUAAAUUUCAGGGAGGACUCCUCUACCUUUACCGUUUGCUCCAUCACAAGCUCUUGGCGCAGACAUGCACCACAACGGGAGAGCCACAACCAUCUGCUGCAUCGCUGUGCUGUACGCACUCACGGUGCUGAGCCCGACACACGCCAUCUCAGUGUCCACACACCACAACCUCCAUAAAACCGUGGGCUCGGACGUGACGUUGUACUGUGGAUUCUGGUCCAGUGAAUAUGUCUCUGACCUCACCACACUGAGUUGGAGAUUCCGUCCUGACAACUCCAGGGAGAUUAUCUCAAUCUUUCACUAUGGCAACGGAGUUCCUUACAUCGAGAAGUGGGGCCAGUUCAGGGGGAGAGUGGAGUGGGUUGGCGACAUAUCGAAGCACGAUGGCUCAAUUGUCAUCAGAAACCUGGACUACAUCGACAACGGUACCUUCACCUGUGACGUCAAGAACCCUCCAGAUGUGGUCGGAACCUCCUCAGAUGUUCACCUGACAGUCUACGACAGAAUCCCCCCCAUCGGUGCUGGAGUUGUAUCGGGAGCCAUCAUCGGCACAUUCCUUGGCAUCAUUCUCCUCAUCGUUGGAGGACUAUACCUGUUCCGCUACGUUGUUCGGAGACGGGCAAGGAGUGAGACCAUCUUCUUCAAAGGAGCCAGUGCUGCGGAACGUGGGAAGGCCAGCGGGAAGUCUGGGACCGGGACAAAGGGUCCCGUCCUCUACGCCACCCUGGACCAGAGCAAGAGCGGCAAGGGGGCCAGUGAGAAGAAGGCGAAGACCUCGGAGUCCAAGAGGGAGCGGAAAUAGCGGUUAGCCCGCCGGGAGGGCGUUGGGAGGGGCGGUGCAGGGGCAGUGGGGGCCGGGGCUGGGGACACCCAGCGGGUGCUGAUGACCAUUGAGCUGACACUGACCGAUUCAGACACCGGAAGCGACACCGAGGGCAAGGGGCCGGGGGGCGGGGCCAUCGCCAGGUAACUGGCCGGGGUUGGCAGACGGUCCCCGACCCCCGACCCUCCCCUCCGUCCUGGGGCAGUCCCGGCUCCUGCCCUCCCUACCCGGUCCUCCGGCCCUCCCUCACCCCAGGCCCCUCCGCCGCACCUUGUGCCCCUAGGGUUGGGGAGGAGGGGAGGGAGGGGCGCGGUGGGGAAGGCCGCAUCCCGGCGGAUACCAGCGGCCACAGCCAAUCACUGGACGGCCUGUGGGGUUAGUAUCUGUGGGUCCUGGUGGGGGCGGGUGUGUGUGUGUGUGUGGGGGCAGAGGGCACACAUCCCUUGGUCAGUCUCCCUCCCAUCUCUUGUCCCAUCGGUGGUGGGGGGGGGGGGGGGUCCGGGGUGGGUGAGAGGUCAUGUGGUGACCCCAGAUUGGAAGCGUUACCCCAUGGGAAACCCCUGCACCCCCUCCCUCCUGUCAGCCGGAGCUGCCACCCCCUCCCUCGGCACCACCCUACAUGGCACCAUCUUAUGCCUCCAGGUGCAUCCUCCAACCCUCAGAGUGUGUAGGGGUGGAGGGGGAAAGUAUCACCCACCAAGU